UGUGGAUGCGUUAACAUGUAUAUGUAAAAGUGGUUGAUUAAGAAUUCACAUUUUUUACAAACACGAUAAUGACGCAGGAUUAUGUUCUGUCUCGUCAUCGUUCGACGUUAUUAUUAUUUCUUUACUACGUUGCAUCGUCCAUCGUGAUUGCACAAUAUUGCAUGGAAAAAGACCUCGAUCCGAUUUGCGACGAGAGGCAAUCCGAAUUUCAUUUGGAACUGAUUCAAGUGUUGAUGAGACAUGGAGAACGGACACCGUUGUUUAAAGAAACGUAUCCCAAAGAUCCAUAUAAUGUAUCAACUUAUGAACCAUGGGGUAUUGGCCAAUUAACCAACCAAGGAAAGCUGACGGAAUAUCGAAUCGGUAUAAUGUUGCGACAACGUUACAACAAAUUUUUAGGACCAAUUUAUCAUCCGCGUGAUAUCUAUGCUGUCAGCUCAGAUACCGAUCGUACAAAAAUGUCUCUUCAAUUAAUGUUAGCAGGAUUAUAUCCUCCAGAUGCGUUACAAAUGUGGAAUCCGGAUUUACCGUGGCUCGCUAUUCCUACGCAUUAUGUGCCUGAAAAAGUAGACAUGCUAUUAAAGUCUGAACAUUGUUCGAUCUACAAGACAGCUUUAACCGAGGUAAAAAAAAUGAAAGAAGUCCGCGAUAAAAUCGCAAUUUACAAAGACUUCUAUAAAUUUUUUAGCGAGAAAACGGGUUUAGUCAUCGAGGAACCACUCUUUGUUUACGAAGUUUUCAAUUUACUAACAGCACAAAAAGCUAUGAAUUUAACUUUACCUGAAUGGUGCACCGAUGAAGUGUACCGGAAAAUGCAGGAUAUACUGGUGCUAGAGUACGAUAUCCGCUCGUAUACGACUCAAUUAAAGCGACUGAACGGCGGUACGUUGAUCAAAAAGUUCAUCGACAAUAUGAACGUGAAUAACCAUCAUACGAAUCCGCGCAAAAUGUACGUGUACAGUGGCCACGAAGUAAAUCUCGCUGCAUUUGCCAGAGUGCAUAAUAUCAGCGAGCCGAGAAUACCAGGUUACGGAUCAACGUUUAUAUUCGAAAAGUUACGAGACGAGCAACAAAAUCUUCAUAUCAGGAUUAUUCUGUGGACCGGUUCCACAGGAGAAUUGAUGAAUAUUAAGCUACCAGGGUGUGAUGAAAUAUGCCCUUUGAGUACUUAUUUGGAGCUCGUUCGUGAAAUAAUACCUUCAGACCACGAGAUGGCUUGCUUGUGGGAUGAUAUAAUUAAUAAUGGAUUGUUGAACCUCUUCGCUGAAAGAUUAGAUAGACAUUUAUAAAAAAAAUUUGUAUAGGUAUUAUAUAGAUUAAAUAAAAAUUACUCUAUGUAUUAUUUUUGUACUCGCAAAUAAUACAAUUUGGAAAACGGAAGAAAAAAAUAAAAUAUGAUAUACUUAUUAAUAAGAAA